AUGACACGAGAACAGUAUAUAUUGGCAACACAGCAAAAUAAUUUAAGGACUGAAAACGCACAAUUUUAUCCAGUGGGAAUUUACGGAUGGCGGAAGAGGUGCUUAUACUUCUUUGUCCUCCUGCUGUUGGUUACUAUGAUUGUUAAUUUAGCAAUGACAAUAUGGAUUUUAAAGGUUAUGAACUUCACAGUGGACGGUAUGGGAAAUUUGAGAAUUACUAAGAAAGGAGUACGACUAGAAGGUGUGUCAGAAUUUCUUCUUCCAUUGUAUGUGAAAGAAAUACAUUCUAGAAAGGAAAGUCCCCUGGUAUUACAGUCUGACAGGAACGUAACAGUAAAUGCAAGAAACCACAAUGGACAGUUAACAGGGCAAAUGACAAUAGGAGCAGAUGCUGUAGAAGCGCAGUGUAAAACAUUUGAAGUAAAGUCAAAUAAGGAUGGGAAAAUGUUGUUUUCAGCUGAUGAAGAAGAAAUAAUUAUCGGUGCUGACAGACUCCGAGUAACAGGAACAGAGGGAGUAGUUUUUGAACACUCAGUGGAAACGCCACAUAUAAGAGCAGGACCAUCUCAAGGCCUCAGACUAGAAUCUCCAACAAGAUCAUUAACAAUGGAAGCACCAAAGGGAGUGCAAAUUAGUGCUGUUGCAGGAGACUUUAAGGCUAGCUGUAGAAAAGAAUUGCACUUGCAAUCAACAGAUGGAGAGAUAUUUUUAAAUGCAGACAAUAUCAAACUAGGAAAUUUACCACAAGGUUCCUUUACACCAUCCUCACCUAACUCAGACGCACCUCGACAGACUGUAUAUGAGUUGUGUGUGUGUCCUAAUGGAAAACUGUAUCUUUCUCCAGCUGGAGCUAGCUCCACAUGUCAAUCAAGUAGCAAUGUUUGUCUAUGGAGCUGA